AUGAAUGGCCUGGACGAAGGGAAGGCAGCGCUCAUCCAGACAAGGAAGAGCAGCCGUGGGGGGGACAGCGAUGACCCCAAAACCCCCAGAGCCUUACUCCAGAGCCCCCCUCUUUGUCUCAGCUAUGGACCUCAAUCGGAGAAGAACUGGGUCCUGGACCCUUCUGGAGACGACUAUUAUCGGUGGCUGCUUGUGAUGGUGGCCCCCAUCACCUACAACUGGAUCUUCCUCAUCAGCAGGUCCUGCUUCUCCGAUCUGCAGGAGAAGUACCUCUUCCUGUGGCUGGCCUUGGACUACCUCAGUGACCUGAUCUACCUGGUGGACAUCGGGGUGCACUUCCGCACCGGCUUCCUGGAGGAAGGGCUGCUGGUGGCAGACCCCAGGGCCAUUGCCCGGCGCUACAUGGGCUCCACGACCUUCCGCCGGGAUGUUGCCUCGCUGCUCCCGACGGACCUGCUGUACCUGUGGCUGGGCCUGGGCUGCCCGCUGGGGGUGCGUGCCAACCGCCUGCUGCGCAGCCCCCGCCUGCUGGAGGCCCUGGACCGGACAGAGACCCGCACCACACACCCUCACGCUUUCCGCCUGCUCAAGCUGGUCUCCUGCAUCUUCGCGGGCAUCCACUGGCACGGCUGCCUCUACUUCGCCCUCUCGGGGCACAUCGGCUUCGGGGCGGACGGCUGGGUCUACCCGAACAUGAGUGAUCCUGACUUCGGACGGUUGUUGCGCCAGUACCUGCACUCCUUCUACUUCUCGACGCUGGUACUGACCACAGUGGGGGACACACCAGAGCCGAGCCGUGAGGAGGAGUUCCUCUUCAUGUCCGCCGGGUUCCUGCUAGCUGUGCUGGCCUUUGCCACCAUCAUGGGCAGUGUGGCCUCCGAGGUGGCCGACAUGGGCCGGGCCGAGGCCUCCUUCCUCCCAGAGCACGACCCUAUCAAGGCCUACCUGAGUGAAAUGCAGGUGGAACCCCGGCUGCGGCACCGUGUGAACGACUGGCUGAGGCACCUGCGCAUGAACCGCAAGAUGAUCCGGGAGGACCGGGCCCUACGACACCUGGCCCCACACCUGCGUGCUGAAGUGGUGUCCGCCGUCCACCUCCCCACCCUGCGCAAGGUCCAGAUCUUCCGACACUGCGAGCGCAGCCUCCUGGAGGAGGUGGUCCUCCGCCUGCAGCCACAGGUCUACUCGCCUGGAGAGUACGUCUGCCGCAAGGGGGAGGUGGGCCGCGAGAUGUUCUUCGUGCGUGAGGGGCAGCUGGCCGUGGUGGCCGACGACGGGGUCACGCCCUACGCCCUCCUCAGGGAGGGGCACUACUUCGGGGAGAUCAGCAUCCUCAGCAUCAAGGGCAACCGUUCGGGCAACCGGCGCACGGCCAACAUCCGCAGCCUGGGCUACUCGGACCUCUUCUGCUUGUCCAAGGGAGACCUGGCCGAAGUGCUGGCCGAGUUCCCCAGCGCCAAGGAGGCCCUAGAGGCCAAAGGUCGGGAGAUCCUGCUCCAGAUGGGCCAGCUGGACACCCAGGUGGAGGCCCGAGAGGAGGCCCGGCGGCGGGAGGAGCAGUGCCGGACCGAAGCCCUGCAGCAGCGCCUGGACGCCCUCCAGACCCGCCUGGCCCGCAUGCUGGCCGGCCUGGAGUCCGGGGCCCUCAAGCUGACCCUGCGCCUGGAGCGGCUGGAGGGGGGGCCGGGAGGGGAGUGCCCCCCCUGA